AUGACGUCCAAAAUCUCCAAGUCUGCAUUUCAAGGGUUGGCAAACAAAAUACGCGAAAGUGCAGACUCCCUCAAGACUCUCCAGUUUGCCGAUAACGCGACUUCGAAGACUGCUGUCAAAACGAAAGACCUCCGCUUCGAUGUCCACCGGAAUACCCAAGAUGCGACAAUGGCUACCGGCAUAAUACAAGCAAACAGUCAGGCAACCGAUAAUACUGUCAAAGCAUUCAUUAAGGGCAAAACCGGAGGCCACAGUGGCACGCAUCAGGUAAUCGGAGAGAAAAUACGUUUUGGUUUGGGAGACAAAUUCAAUGCCGAGGAGGUUGCGACGGCAGUUGAAAAGACAAAGUAG